AUGGAACUAGACUACGAUACUUGCGCCCAGUUUCUGGCGAGGUUCGACGCUGAUCUGAACACCAGCUCUGAUAAUUCAAAUUCGAACAACAUUAACAGCUCUAAUUCCUCGCACCACACCCUCUCUGCUUCUGCAUCCCCUGCCAGCAUACUAGACACAUCUUUCUUGGAUAACAGGAAUUCAUCUUCCUCUCCCCCAGGUCUAUCGUCUGGCUCGGCUACCUCUCACUCACCGGAGUCUCUUCGUUUUGAUUACGACGUCACCGCUGCGUGGAACCCAAACGACCAAACCUUCUUCUCCCCCAUUGACGAUUCUGGUAUUUUAGCCGCUCAGUCUUGGGACGCCCUCAUGCCCCCAGCAGAUUCAUCGCAGCAACAGAACCAACAGCAACAGCAAGCAAGCCCAUUAAGCGAUUAUAUCAAGAUUGAGGACGACAACUCUCCAGGACGUUACACCUUUUCAAACAAUCAGCAAGCUACUAUCUCACCGAGCAAUUCGCUCAUCGACCCUACAACUCAGACCGCGCUGGAGGGAACAUACUCUUUCGGCAAGGAUAGCGAUUCCUUGUUCGACUUCAAUACAUAUGGCGGUGUUGGUGGACAGCCCCAAGGGAAUGGGAGCUCUGAAGCUUAUACACCGCUGGGCUGGCGGAAUCAGGGACAGCAGCGUGAUGAUUUCGCAAUAGGGUGGCAGUCACCACCACCACAACAAACUCAACAACCCCCACGACAACAGCGCAUGUCUCUCUCACAGGAACAGUCACACAGCUUGUCGCCUGCUUCCUCACACCACUCACACCGUACCACCAGCAGCCCCGAGUCUCGUGCUCACGACUCACAUAGUGAUGACAACUCUAUUCCACGACCAAAGAAGAGAAAGACAAGUACUGAUGAGAACACCGAGGAAAGUGCACCGACCACCACAAGUGGUCGCAAGCAACAACCGAAGAAGACAGCUCAUAACAUGAUUGAGAAGCGAUAUCGUACGAACCUUAACGAUAAGAUCGCUGCUCUUAGAGACUCUGUCCCUUCACUGCGCGUCAUGGCUGGAACAUCGAAGCUUGGCGAGGACGGAGAGGAUGAUGAAGACUUGGAAGGGUUGACGCCUGCACAUAAGCUCAACAAGGCUACUGUAUUGGCAAAGGCAACUGAAUAUAUUAGGCACCUCGAGAAAAGGACCAAGCGGUUACAGGACGAAAACGAUCAACUCAAGAAUCGCCUAGCCGCCUUUGAGAAGUUGGCAAAUAUGGGUCCUAUGAACAACAUGCAAAAUGGCCAACGUGGGGUAGGUGGCGGACCAGGUGGUGGGCUGAUGAGUAGGCUCAUGGUUGGUAGUUUGGCUGGGUUGAUGGUUGCAAACGGGCUACAAGAAGAUGAAAGUGGUCAACGACAAUUAUUUGCAAUCCCAGUCGGAGGUCUGGAGAUGUUUGGCAUGUCAAGCUCGACAUUGGGUGGCAACCAGUUGUUUUGGUUGUUAUUCAAGAUGAUCCUUUUAUUUUCAGCUAUUGUCUAUGUCUUCGUCCCAGGUUUCUUUGACUCGAGGCCACCUUCAGAGAAAGAGAGGGUCACUCCCCAGACUAAGCUUUCACCUGUCCCAUCCCUUGCAUCAUCUAUCGAAAUCCGUCGAACUGCAUGGCUCACUGCCGUUCAGUCAGUCUGGGUCCCUCGCAACUCUCUCGUUAUGGAACUUGCCGCGUUGGGUUUGAAGGCUUUCAAGCUUAGCCUCAGGAAAUUUGUCGGAUGGCACGGCUACUCAAUGCUCACUGGUAUGACUGAGGAGCAUGAAGUUGCUCGUGUCAAGGCCUGGACUAUUGCUCUUGAUGCACAGCUUGCUGGUGGUGAUGCUACGAUUACCCAUUCACGACUUCUCCUUACCUUGUUGGCCUCAAUGACCCUACCCGCGACUCGCAGCCGAUUGAUGUUGAACGCUCUCCACAUUAAGGUUCUCUUCUGGGACCUCGGAAGUAACUUCGAAUCACUCGCAAACAAGCUGGCCACAUACUACUGGAACGAAGCGAGGAAAGUUCAAUCUGCCGAUCCUUCUGAGAACCUCCCGGAACAUCUUGCCCACCUUUUGGAACUUGAACCAAGUGAUGUUUUGGACAACAAGAUUAUCCAGAAGGCUUACAACCUUGCAUAUGACCAGAGCACCGGCCACAACUGCGAAGCUCACGAUGAAGGUAUGGAUACCGUUGUUGAAGACGGAUCAAUCCGUUCUCCACUCGACGCCUUGGCAGCAUGGUAUUCAAGCCUCAUCAUCCAAUCUGUGCUCGCUACAUCCUUGAAGUCCGUAAAACACCAAAGGCAUCUCAGCCCCGAUCUCCAGGUCGCUCUCAAUAUUGCACCACCCAACAGCAAGGCUCAACUCCGAACACUUGUUGCGAAGGCAAUUCUCGACUCUGAUAAGGAAGGAAAGGAUCUCCGCUUGGCGCUCAAGUCUUUUGAGGAAGACCUGAAAGUUCGUGAUUCAUGCAAGUCUAUGCCCAAGAUCUCUGUUACCCCACCUGCCGUCACAACCACCACAGAUGUUAAGAUUGCUAUCCGUUGUGCGAUGGUACUCAACUUGCUGGCCAACGGUCGUCGCGAGGGAGCCACCCGUCUCUUUGCUGACUUUGACUGGCGAAAAUCCUGCAACUCUUCAUCUGAUCAUGUCUCUUCAGACCUUGGCCUUCUUGGAUUUGUUGCCAUCUGGAAGACGUUGAACGCAUUUGUAUCCAGUGAUGAGAACUGGGUUAAGGAAGCUGGCGAGAAUGUUGAAGGAGUUGCGGCAGUAUUGAGGGUUUGGAUUGGUGACAGGAAGAAGAGGGGAUCACGACGAGCGUGGGUUGAGACAAGUGACUGCAAGAGAGUCAUUGAUUUCUGUACUGGAUUACAAAAGAAGCUAGCUGGCUUGGAGGAGGGAAGUGAUGAUGGGUAUGUCAGCGGUCCACACGCUGAGGGAGUGAAGCACCAGUCGAAAGUUAGAUUUUCUGUACCUGAACCGGUAUCAGUUGUUUAA